UUGUCUGAUUGUCUCCCCCUACUUGAAUUUUCAGACCAAGUCAACAUUCAAACUCUCCCCUCCAUCAAUGCAUUUUUUUAAUUUUCUUCACUAACGACCAAGAGAACGAUAAUAAAUCCUAUACACACAGUGGACUUCGUCCUCCUCUUAUUGCACCAUUCAACUAUUGCCAAAAUCUCAAUAAACCCAGUUACCAAUUCUCACAGUUUCUUCUCUACUGUUCUGAUUGCUCAUAAUCCCCCUUCAGUUUCGAGAUCGAUGGCCCUCAAUCGGCUGGACCCGCAAUCUGCUGCGGAGAAGGCGGUUUCGGUGAUUGGGUUUGGCUACGAUCUCUGUAAGGAUCUCCGAUUGUCCGCUUGCAAACCUGGUCCUUCCGGGUCGAGACUGAUCGAUUUGGACUCUAACCUGACCCGAGACCUCGUGUUUCCUGGUGGGAUAGUUGUGAAAGGAGUUCCGAGUUCAAUCAAGUGCGAUAAGGGCGAGCGCACUCGAUACAACUCUGAUAUUCUCUCUUUUACCCAGAUGUCGGAGAAAUUCAAUUUGGAACUCUCUUUAUCGGGUAAAAUUCCGUCUGGAAUGUUUAAUGCCAUGUUUGACUUUAGGGGCUGCUGGCAGAAAGAUGCAGGAGCUGUAAAAAAUCUUGCUUUUGAUGGUUGGUUCAUCACUCUGUAUAAUGUUGAGUUAGAAAGAUCCAAUAUAAAGUUGUCGGAGCAUGUCAAGAAAGAAAUACCAACUUCGUGGGAUCCUGCUGCCCUUGCCGAGUUCAUUGAGAAAUAUGGUACUCAUAUCCUUGUCGGGGUAAAGAUGGGAGGUAAAGAGGUGAUGCACGUAAAGCAGCUACGGAAUUCAAAUCUUCCGCCCACUGAAGUACAGAAAAUGUUAAAGCAAUUAGCUGAUGAGAAGUUUUCAGGAGAUGCAAACCCUUCUGAAUUGUCUGGAAAACCAAAGGACGCGCAUCCUAUGCCCUGGGAUCUCCAUGGAGCAUUUGCUGCUUCAGUUAGGCCACCUGUCACUAUUCACUUAAAUGAUGAUAUAUUGAGCAUCUGUAUCCGAAGAGGAGGAUUUAAUAUUGGUCAAAGUCAUAAUCAGUGGCUGUCAACUAUAUCACAGUCACCCAAUGUCAUAUCCAUGUCAUUUGUGCCUAUAACUUCACUGUUAAAUGGUGUUCGAGGCAAUGGGUUUUUAAGCCAUGCAGUGAAUCUAUAUCUUAGAUACAAACCACCAAUAGAGGAUCUACAUCAAUUUUUUGAGUUUCAAUUGCCAAGGCAGUGGGCUCCUGUAUAUGGUGAUCUGCCUCUUGGCCUCAGGCACAGGAAACAAGCAUCGCCAUCACUUCAGUUCACUCUAAUGGGCCCAAAGCUCCGUGUUAACACAACCCAGGUGAACUCCGGGAAUCGGCCAGUGACUGGAAUUCGUUUAUAUUUGGAAGGUAAAAAAAGUGACCAUCUGGCAAUCCAUCUCCAGCACCUCUCCACUCUUCCGACUAUCCUGCAACUCUCAGAUGAGCAUAAUCACGAGUUUGUCGAUGCUCCUGAACGAGGCUACCUUGAGCCUGUCAAAUGGAGCAUACUCUCUCAUGUUUGCACUGCCCCAGUAGAAUACAAUGAUAAUCACAUUGAUGAGUCUGCAUCUAUUGUGACAAAGGCCUGGUUUGAGGUCAAAGUUAUUGGGAUGAAGAAGGUUUUGUUCCUGAGGCUUGGAUACUCAAUGGUGGCAUCUGCCAGGAUCCGUAGAUCAGAGUGGGAUGGACCCUCAACAUCAUCACGGAAAUCAGGAGUCUUUUCAAUGUUGAUUAGCACAAGGUUCAGCACAGGAUUGAAUCCUCCUGAAAAACCAGUGAAAGUGGAUUUGAACUCGGCAGUUUUUCCUGGAGGUCCGCCUUUACCGCCACGUGCACCCAAAAUGUCAAACUUUGUAGAUACAAAGGAGAUGGUGAGAGGUCCAGAGGACCCGCCUGGAUAUUGGGUGGUCACUGGAGCCAAGCUCUGCGUAGAGGGCGGUAGAAUUUCCAUCAAAGUGAAGUAUUCAUUGUUGGCAAUGAUGUCAGAGGAUUCUAUGAUUUGAUCAUAUGAGAAAAAAAAAAUGAGUAGGAGAACAGAGUCUCUCGUUUUGGAUAUCUGUUGCAUACGUUCACCGUGUAAAUUGUAUAAUUAGAAUUACGUUAAUACGUUCAAUAGAUGAUAUCAAUAUAUAUCAUUUUGAUUUUGA